AUGGGAGAACCCAGGGAGGGCAUUCUGGUCGUCGAACGCGAACGCAUCGCGGCGCUCGUGGAUGAGGACUUUCCUCUUAGGUCCCGCCGGCUUCUCGCGGCGUCUUCUCCCCUGGACCCCCAAUUUACCCUCCUGGAGAUCCUGUGGACGCUGCGUGCUAAGAUUGGCACCCGGCCCAUGCUUGUUUUCGAGGAUCGAUUGGUCGACCUUGUGCAUCAAGAGAUCGCCUUCCCAUACGCCGAUAUUAUACAGGACCAAGCCGAGCGGAUCAACAUCCGCGAGGAGCUCGACAAAGGCAUGGAGAAUUGGAUUGCCGGGCGCUUGCAGAGCAUCGACAACAUGUCAGACGCUAUUCAAUCGGUGCUCAAUGUCAUUGGUGGCUUGGAAAAGAACGUGAAGAAAGAAGAUGAGGAUGAAGAUGGGGCGUUGCGGCUUCCAUCCGCCUAUCCGGAGUGGUGGAGGGCGCUUGUGUCUUCGUACGUUGCAGUUUCCGUCCAAGCACGAUAUGGCUUGUGUCUGUCGCUCGUUACGUUGCUCUUCUUCGUCUCGGAAGAUUUGCCACAAUGGGAUCCUGCGUUGCUAGCAGAAAUCUUUGUGGUAUUCCGUGGGAUCGCCAUGUUCCGGUACGCGACGCGCCAGCCAGCUGCGGGCAGCGUCAGUACGCCAGCUGCUGAGCCCUUGACGGACGAGGAAGUCGUCGCGAAGAUGAGGGACAUGCAUGUCUCCUCAACAGCCUCUGGAUUCACGCCGAGCUACUCGCUCAUCCACCGUCUCCUCACGCAGUACGGCAGCGAUGCAGCAAUCGUGCCUGCCUCUGCACACCUAUUCUUAGCUUCUUCCGGGCUGCUGGAAUCCUUAUCUCCUGCAAAUGCGACGAAGCUCGAGGUGCUCUUUUGUGAGCGGCUUCGCCUUCUCGGAUACCGCAAGGUUUCCAGAGAGAGCUUAGCGUGGCUACCCAGGACAGCUGGGGUGACGUACGUGCUUGGCCGACUGUGGUUGGAUGAGGGUAGGUACGAUGAUGCAGCCUCUGUAAUGGAGGGUGUGGCAGUCAGCUUCGGACGUGACAGCGCGUUAACCACGGAGGACCACGAGGCUCUGGCCGGGGUACUGCCAGGCGCGGCGUUCUUCCAAUCUGUGUUCGAUUUCUAUUUGCAUGUCGCCGGCCUCUUCAAGGCCGUUUCUGUGACAUCAAGUGAAGUGGUGUUUUCCCAGCUCGCUCUGUCCGUGGCACCGCCAGGCGUCGACAGCGCGUCCCUGUGGCACGCGGUCAUAAGAGGCCUCACGGACUUGGAGCUUUAUGAAGAUGCAAUAUGGGAAUGUGUGAGCCAACUGAUGUACCGGAUGUGCGAGGAGCACGCCGUCGACCGGCUCAUGGCCCUUAGUUUUGUGGGCUUCGUGGACGAGGUGGAGGAAUCGCUCUCGUUUAAGGCCCGGAACGCGGACCCGCGAGUACGACCGUUCUACUCAAGGAUACUCUACAUGUGGUAUAUCUCUCGUGGCGAUUAUCGCAAUGCCGCCCUCACAAUGUACCAGCGGGCGCGGAAGCUCGCCAGCCUGUUCGGAGACCCGGCGAACUUCAUUGAAAUUGCCGAGUUGCGGCUUGAAGCUUAUGUUGUUGGAAUGAAUGCUCUCGUGCUCACUGAUCAGAAGAACGCAUGGAUCGUCCUGCCCGUCACGGCCGAAUCCGAACACGAGCCCCGUAAGCGCCGUAAGCUGUCGCGAUAUAUCCCGGAGGACAAGUACGGGCCCGGGAAGCGGGACAUGGAAGUGGUGGAACUGGCGGACAUGCAAUACGAGUGUACACUUUUGGCUAUCCGUCUGGAGUUAAUCCACCGCGACCCCACACUUCUGUCGGUUGGGGAAGCGCUGCUAUCGCCUCCGUCCGUCGUAUUGCGUCUGACACAAGCGAAUCGCUUCAACAUGGCCAUGGCUACCGGCGCGCACGCACAACUUAAUGUCGACAUGACUGAUCUCUUCGGACAUUUGACCGGCCUAUCCUCCGUUGAUAGCGGCGAAGACACGUCUGACUGGCUGCUAACUGACAAAGUGACUUCGUGGCCCGGCACUGCAGCAGACCGAGGCUGGCGAUACCUUCGAGAGUCGCUGGAGCGGCACGAUGGUCCGGAUACGGAUUACAGAUACACCAAGGUGACAUUGGAAACCAUCUUAGAACUCGAUCGCACAUCACCACCCCCACAGUGGUUGACUCAGUCGCUAGAGGUGCACCACCCUGAGUAUCUGAUUCGCACAUGCCUGCGCUACGAGAUGUUCGAAGGGGCACUGGAGCACACGUUGUCGCUAAUGCGGAGAAGUGACGCUCACCUCGCACAGGAGAGGCCCAAGGCCGCGUCUGUAACCUGGCUACCAUAUACCUUGAUUGACCAGGUUCUCGCCGCAGUGGAUACCCAGCAGGGGCUUCCCAUCGGGGCUCAGUCUCUACGCAAAGAAUUGCGGACAGAGAUUUCCAACCGCAUAAAACGCGUGCAAAAAUGCGGCCAGUCUGUCCGAUAG